GCCUAAAGUUUAGACAGAAGUGCAGGCAUAACUUUGUAUAUCAAUAAUUAAUUCAUAUUUAAAAUUAAGAUUUCUUUAAAAUAUUGAUUUAAGUGAGCGUUUCAUAAGUACUGAAAUAUGUAAAGACAUUAUCUUCUUUAUUUUAUGUUCAAUUCAAGGACAAAACUUUGAAAAAUUAUAGAAUAAUCCACAAAAAGAUGUCAGCAGUCAAUGACUCAGCUGAGAAGGAAGCUAGUGAAGUCUUACACACAUUGCUAUCGGUAGAGAGAAUUGAAAAACAAGAGGAUGUUGUAGAAAACCAAACAUAUCAGACUUCGACCAAUGCUGAUGGACAGGAAGAAGCACAGAUACAAUGGCACACACCAGUGUCUAUAUCACAUUCAUUAUUUUCAGCUAUUGAUUCAGGGCACUUCACACAUAAUCUUGAUGAGCAGCAGGUAGUCAUUUGGGAGGGUCACACAAUAGUUGAUCCAGAGAGUAAUAUUAAUACUAUUUACACUGGCCAUUCUAUAGAAGAAUCUGAAACAGGUGAUGAAUCCCCAAAAGCCACAGAAAAUGAAAUUAAAAAAGAAAAUCCGAAGGCUAAAAAAAAGAUUACAGUGAAAAAAAAGAAAAAAAUAGUUAAUGGAAUGCCAAAUGAUCCAACAAAGAUAGAAGAAAGUGUUGCUCAAGUAAAAGAUAGAUUUAAAAGAGGUUGUGAAUGCCAAGAUGAAAGCUGUUUCAGGGGUUUAAAUGCUGAGAGUGUCUAUAAACAUCGACUUAAUAUAGCUGAACUUACCAAAGGUGAACACGAUAUGUAUUUAAUGGGAGUUACUAUGGCUUGUUUAGCAAACCCUGAUACUACGGUAAGACACAAGGAACGAAGGAGGUUAAGAGCACAGUAUGUGUAUCAAGGUAGAAGAGUAUGUCUUGAUGCUUUUUUGUAUUUAGAAAACUGUACACAUUAUCAAUUAAAAAGGAUAAGAAAACACGUAAUGACACAUGGUGUCGCUCCUAGAGUACAUGGUAAUCAUGGUAAAAAACCUCAUAAUACCUUCUCACUAGAUAUUUACAGACAUGCCACUGAGUUUUUAAAACAGUAUUUACAACAGCAUACGGGCGAAAAAGAUAUCGUAAAUACCAAACAGCCUAUACAGCUUCCGUGGGAUGUCACACGAAAAAAUCUACAUGAUUCUUAUAAAGAAUAUGGACAGAUUCUUGAACCUGGUAUUAAAUUAAUGGGUUAUUCAACAUUUAGGCAUUUUAUGAAGGAACAAUUUCCACAUGUAAAAUUCUGCAAAGUCGAACCAAAAUCUUGUACCCCACAUCAUUCCACUAAUCAAAAUACUACUCAUAGCAGUAGUCAACAGCAGCAACAAACACCACAAGUUCAAACUGUUUCCCAAAAUCAACAAAUACAAACAGUUAUUGAGAGACCUCGCGAACAGCAAAUUCAAGUACAAAAAUGUGUAAUUACCAACGAAGUUCAACAAGUGAUUCCGUUAGUAGUUGCUCCAUCUCCAACUGAUACUACCAAUGCUCAACAUCACCAGCAAACCUUUUUAGUCACUCCUGUUCCGCAGUUAGUCCCCAACGCAAAUGUUGUGACACCUCAACAUAGUAAUAACCAUACUACAACAAAUACAUUUUCAUAUCAGUUAGCCAAUACAGGAUAUGUUAUUAACGAACAAGGGAAUUUGGUGACUACUAUGGCUAAUACUCAACAUCACACACCAUAUACAUUUGGUAGGAUGUAAAUUGUAAACGUUUUUCUAUUCAACUGGUUACAUACAACAGGUUUCUCAUUAUUAACUCAUAUUUUCAUUAGCUUUAACGGAAAUUAGAAAUCAGUUUCAGAAAAACGGUAUUAACAACGACAACAAGUGCUGAUAAUAAAUAAAUCCGUAUAAUUGAUAACUUCUAUAAUUCUGUCUCUAUGACCAUAGUAUAAACAAAAAAGCAUAGCAUUAUGUACAGAUUUAAAAUAAGUACGGAUUUUUAGUGAAGGUUCUAGAUAUUUUUUAUCUGAACAUAUUUGUUGUCCCUAUCAACAAAAUACAAACUUGUUACUUUUCUUUAUACAAUUUUUUUGUAUCCAUUUUAUG